AUGGUUUUUGGUCGCUCUCCUGCCCCGGGAGGUCUUUUUGGCGGCCUUGGCUCCAACUCGAACAACAACUCGGGUGGUCUCUUUGGCAAUUCUAACAGCGACAGCAGCAACAACACCGGGAACACCAGUAACCCAUUCGGCAACGGCGGUCUCUUCGGGUCGAUCAACAAUAACGGCCACGUCGAAUAUCGCGACGGCAGCACAGGCGGGCUCUUUGGACGGAGCGCCGGCGGCAGCUUGUUCGGCGGCCAAGUCAACAAUAUGGCCGGUCACGUUUGCGGACUCUACUACCUCGAUCCGACGGCACCCUACCACUAUGGGUAUCGACGGAACUACCUACCCACCGUAUCACAAUCAGUUCACGCACGCGUCGUCGCAUCGACUGCAAGAACGACACUCACCCAGACUUUCGUCAACCCAUCCAAGACGGAGGUCAUCCCCGAGCUCCGCUACACCUUUCCCUUGUACGACGGCGUCUCGGUGGUAGGCUUCACUUGCACCAUCAACAACUCUCGCGUCAUCCGCGGCGUUGUCCAGGAGAAGAACACCGCUCGCAAGACGUACGACGCGGCCGUUGCCAAAGGCGAGACUGCUGGCCUCUUUGAGCAGUUGCCUGAAGCCAGCGAUGUGUUCACCACCACCAUCGGCAACGCCCCCGCCGGCGCCGAGCUCAAAGUCGAGAUUGCCUACCUCGGCGAGCUCAAGCACGAUGCUGAGGUCGACGGCAUCAGACUUACCAUCCCGACGAGCAUUGCCCCCCGCUACGGUUCCUACCCCGGCACUCUGAUGGAGAAGCCUCCUAAUGUUUCCUCCAAGGACGGCAUCGAGAUUGUCGUCGACGCGGAGAUGCCAGAUGGCAGCGCCAUCAAAUCCAUCCAGUCCCCUUCUCAUCCCAUCGCCGUCUCCGUCGGCUCAACCUCGACCAUGAGCGCCGACGCCACUCCAUCCCUCCAGCUCGCCUCUGCCACGCUCUCUCUCGGGACCGCAGAGCUCGAGAGAGACUUCAUCGUCCAGAUCAUCGCGACCAACACAUCUAACCCCGUCGCCGUCCUAGAGACGCAUCCCACAAUCCCCCACCAGCAGGCCAUCAUGGCCACUCUGGUGCCCAAGUUCAAGCUCGCCACCACAAAACCCGAGGUUGUCUUCGUCUGUGACCGCUCAGGCUCCAUGCAAGGCAAGAUCGCCGACCUGAAGAACGCACUGCAGAUCUACAUGAAGUCCCUCCCCGUCGGAUGCAUGUUCAACAUCUGCAGCUUCGGCAGCCGCCACACAUUUCUCUUCCCCAAGUCCCAGACGUACGACCAGAAUACGUUGAAGACUGCCAUGAAGCACAUCGACACGUUCGGUUCCGACUACGGCGGCACGGAGCUCUAUGCGCCCAUCGAGGAGACCUUCAAGCGCCGGCACAAGGACCUGGACCUUGAAGUGUUUGUUCUGACGGAUGGUGAGGUUUGGAACCACGAGAACCUGUUUGGCAUGGUCAACAAGCAUGUGGAGGACUCCAAGGGCAGUGUUCGUCUGUUCACUCUUGGUAUCGGCCGCGGCGUCAGCCAUGCCUUGGUUGAGGGCCUCGCCCGUGCAGGUCAGGGGUUUUCGCAGACUGUGUCCGAGAAGGAGAAGAUGUCUGGCAAAGUCGUCCGUAUGCUCAAGGGGGCUCUCACUCCACACGUGAAGGACUACACCCUUGAGGUCAAGUAUGCCGACGCGGAAUCGGAAACUGAGCCCGAGGAUGACUUUGAGAUUAUUGAUCCCGUAUCCCCCAAGGCUGAACCCUCCAGCGAGAGACCUGCACAGGAGGCCCAGAAGCCCAUCUCCCUCUUCGACCCCGAUUCCGAAGACGUCGACAUGGACAACACCAACCAGCAAGACGACGAGACUGGCACCGAGCGCUUCUCCCAUGUGCCUACCGUCAAGCCACCCAAGAUCCUCCAGGCGCCCUUCCGCAUCCCGCCCCUGUACCCAUACAGCCGGACCAGCGUCUACCUCCUGCUAUCGCCAGACCGGGCACUCAGGAACAGAACUCCCUCGUCUGUGGUCCUUCGCGGGACAUCAUCCCAGGGCCCGCUGGAGCUCGAGAUCCCUAUCACGAUCCUCGCCGAGAAGGCCGAGACGAUUCACCAACUCGCAGCCCGCAAGGCCGUCAAGGAACUCGAAGAAGGCCGCGGUUGGAUCUUCCACGCCAAAGGCAAAGACGGAAAGGAACUGCAGAAGAGCCAUCCCGGCCGUUUCCCCGCCAUGGUCGAGCGCGAGGCGGUCCGUCUCGGUGUGGGAUUCCAGGUCGGCGGCAAGUGGUGCUCCUUCGUCGCGGUGGAGGCCAACGACAAUGAUGAGGAUGCGGUCGAAUCACCUGUAGAGGAGGUCCCCGCACCUGGGAGAGGGACAGAUUGGCAUGGUAUUCCUGACAUGGCUGAAGACCGCCGGUGCAGAAACACAGCACACUCAGCAAGGAAGCGCAUGAUGAAUAGGCAAGCGAUGGGCCUGGCACAGCAACAGGCACAGCAACAGGCACAACAACAGCAACAACAGAUCCAGCCGCAGCAACAACAACAACAACUACAAAGCCACCAGCAAGGACUCAUGAUGCUCCGUCAAGACCGGUCCAAACGAAGCCAGCCACUUGGCAUGGCUCGAGGUACGCCCGCUCCCCCGUCCGUAGGCGGCAGCCUGUUCGGCGCGCCGUCUUCCCCCCAUCCUGCACCCAUCGCGACCGCUUUUGGGAGCGGUGUCAAUUACGGUGUCGUCACUUCCCCUAGCAAUUUUGAAGGCACGUCGCCUGUCACAUCACCGGCUGGAUGCAGGUCUCCUUCGUUUGGAGGAGAUUCUCCUGUAUAUGGAGGCAACUCCCCAAGCUACUCCCCUGUCUCACCACCUGCCCAGGCCGCGACCACAUCUGUGUUCAGCAGCCAGCCAGCAGCUGGUGGUUUGUUCGGCUUUCCAACAUCCACUUCACCAGGCGCGAGCUCUUCUGCAUUCGGAAGCAAGCCCACGACUGGUGGUUUGUUUGGCAGCUCAACAUCCUCUGCCCCAGCCGCGAGCUCGUCUCUAUAUGGAAGCAAGCCCACGACUGGUGGUUUGUUCGGUGGCCCAAUUUCCCCUGCACCCAACACAAGCUCUUCUCCUUUUGGCAACAAGCCUUCAACUGGUGGUUUAUUCGGUAGCUCAUCCUCUUCCUUCUCAGGUGCUCCACGGGCGUUCGCAAGCAACGCCCUCGCCCGACCAGCCGUGCAAUCCGCGGCUCCCCCAACCGGCGGCGGUUUGUUCGGCACCUCGACAUCAACAGGCGGCCUCUUCGGCGCUCCCGCACCGGCACCCGUUGAAGCCGCCGCGCUCGCUCCGCCUACCAAACCAGUUGACGCAAACUUGCUGGCCCAGUAUCAAAGAGAAAUGAGCGAUGCCGCGUCCAUGCCACUUCCCGACGAGGACCUCAUCGACUACUCAGACGAAGACGUCGACCUCGGCUCCCCUAAGCCGGCCGCCCCAGUUCACAAGAAGAAGCGAAGGAGCGCUGGAAACAACCUGUUCAGCGCCGAAGCCGAGGUGGACGAGGAUGAUGACGAUGACGCCCAGAUCGACAAGGACGGCGGCGACAAGUUCUCCGCGCUCGUGGAGAUGCAGGACUUUAGCGGCUUCUGGGCCUGGUCUGCCCAGUUGCUGAAGGUGCUGGACGUCACGGAACAGCAGGUCAAUGAUGCGCUGGGCGGGUUCCAGGCUAGCAAGAAUGUGGUGGCUACUUCGGUGGUGGUAGCGUUCUUGCGCAAGAAGCUGGCGCAUGAGAGUGAGAGCUGGGAGAUGAUGGAGGAGAAGGCGGUGGCUUGGCUUGAGGAGGAGAUUGGAGAUGAUGAGGUUGGGAAGGUUUUGGCUGCGGCUGAGGCGCUGUUUUGA